ACGGGCAAUGGAGGUAAGGAAGGGCAGUGGAGGUAAAGGCAGUGGAGGUAAUGGCAGUGGAGGUAAGGGCAGUGGAGGUAAAGGCAGUGGAGGUAAGGGCAGUGGAGGUAUGGGCAGUAGAGGUAAGGGCAGUGGAGGUACGAGCAGUGGAGGUAAGGGCAGUGGAGGUACGGGCAGUGGAAGUAAGGGCAGUGGAGGUAAGGGCAGUGGAGGUACGGGCAGUGGAGGUAAGGGCAGUGGAGGUAAGGGCAGUGGAGGUAAGGGCAGUGGUGGUAAGGGCAGUGGUGGUACAGGAAGGGGAGGUAUGGGCAGUGGAGAUAAGGGCAGUGGAGGUAUGGGCAGUGGAGGUACGGUCAGUGGAGGUACGGGCAGUGGAGGUAAGGGCAGUGGAGGUAAGGGCAGUGGAGGUACGGGCAGUGGAGGUAAGGGCAGUGGAGGAUCGGGCAGUGGAGGUAAGGGCAGUGGAGGUAAGGGCAGUGGAGGUAAGGGCAGUGGUGGUACGGGCAGGGGAGGUAUGGGCAGUGGAGAUAAGGGCAGUGGAGGUAUGGGCAGUGGAGGUACAGUCAGUGGAGGUACGGGCAGUGGAGGUAAGGGCAGUGGAGGUAAGGGCAGUGGAGGUACGGGCAGUGGAGGUAAGCGCAGUGGAGGUAAGGGCAGUGGAGGUAAGGGCAGUGGAGGUACGGCCAGUGGAGGUAUGGGCAGUGGAGGUAAGGGCAGUGGGGUUACGGGCAGUGGAGGUAAGGGCAGUGGAGGUACGGGCAGUGGAGGUAUGGGCAGUGGAGGUAAGGACAUUGGAGGAACGGGCAGUGGAGGAACGGGCAGUGGAGGAACGGGCAGUGGAGGUACGGGCAGUGGAGCUCGCACACCCAGCGGUCGCUACCACUACAAGUAUUUUCAAGAUUGAGGAUGUAUUCGGGGCUCAUGUCAAUCUUCUGGUCGAGUCACCCGAGCCCCAACUUGGGGUCUUCCAGCCAUCACUUCGGGUUCACGAACGAGCGGCUGCUACAGUGCUCAGCGAUAGAAGUGCAACCCAGUUGAAAUUUCGCCGAGAUGUGCAGCAACCAUACAUGAUUCGUGUGUUUCUAGGUGUGGGUGGUAUGCAUAUCGUGGACCCGAAUGCUCAGAUAUUCCAGCUUCGUGUCUUCCGCGUCUAGCCCGAAGUUUGACACGAACCCGAAUUCACCCUUACUAGCGAAAUAUAUAAAUCCAGAGGUCCAUGAAUCAAUCUGGAUGCAUGAA